AUGGAGCAGGAGAUGCAUCGCUUCAAGCAGGCGGAGAAUGACAAGGCCUUUAACACCGCCAAACAGAUCGCGGAGCAGAUGUACAAGAAGUACUGCAGCGGCCUCUUCGACGAGGUGGUGGGAGUUUGGAAGGAGGAGACCAUGAAGACCAAGAAGGAGAAGGAGGAGCGUACGAAGAAGGCUCAGGAGGAGGGACGCCUCAAGGCUCAGCAGGAGAAGGACCUUCGCGAGGCGGAGGUCCUUGCUGAGAGGAUGCGAAAGACGAUGCAGACUGAUGACGUGAAGUUCUGCUUUGACUUCUGGGUCGCCGAGUAUCGCUCAGAGGCUGGCAAGCGCCGCGAUGAGGAGGCCAAGAAGAAGCAUGAGGCCGAGCUCGCCGCCCUGCGUCGUAUGGAGCAGGCCAGAAGAGCGUUGGCGUCUUGCCGCUUGCCCUUUUGA